GGGAGGGGAGGCGCAUUUUGCAUUUGGGAAAGGAGCAAGCAGAAGCCGCAAGCAGAAGUCGCAAGAGAGAGAGAGGGGAGUGGGGGGGAAUGGCGAAGCCGCUGGGACCGACGGGAGAGUUCUUCAGGAGGAGGGACGAGUGGCGGAAGCACCCGAUGCUGGGCAAUCAGAUCCGCCACGCCACUCCUGGCCUCGGCAUCGCUCUCGUCGCUUUUGGGAUCUACCUCGUCGGCGAGCAAGUCUACGACAAGCUCUACAAGCCCCAUCCCCCUUCCUCCUCCUCUCACUGACCCCCCGCAGAUGAGGGUUCAUUUGGAGGAUGAGAAGCUUGGUUUUCAGACUGUGUGGUGUCUUCUUCCUGGUUUUUUGUCAAAUAAAAGCUCAGAUAAAUGAGAAACACAAGGGCCUUCCUUUUUUCUCUGUGAUGUGUUGGUAGAAACUGUGACAACCAAGUUAUUUUGUAGCUGUGGCUUAUUCAGAAACGUUUCAAAGUUCUCGAUCAAUUACCAUUUGAAUUUUGCUUCUGAUGAAACAAUUGUCAAGUCCAUUUCUAUAUGUGGCAACUUUUCAGGUGUGGGUGCAUCAGGAUGCACAUAUAAAUAGGCAGUACUCAUUUCACCGAA